AUGGGCUCAAUCAACGGAGCGGAGGUUUUUGCCCCGCCACCUCGCUGCAUCUCCCAGUCAUACAACCAUGCGGACUCGCAAGCUUCUGCUCUGAGGCUCCUGCUCACGUUGAACCCUAACUGGGAAGGCCCAGAGAACAAGAUCGAGUUCGUACGGUUCACGGACGGGAUCACCAAUACUCUUUUCAAAGCCAUAAAUCGGAAAGCUGGCUUGACAGAACAAGAAAUAGACAAGGAAGCAGUACUGAUGAGAGCAUAUGGUAAUCAUACAGAGAUCCUUAUAGACCGCGAGAGAGAAACGAACUCGCACGCUCUUCUGGCUAGAUUUGGCUUAGCUCCUCCCCUCCUGGCACGCUUUAAGAACGGUCUCCUCUACCGGUUUAUCUCGGGGCGGCCGGCCACACAUGAGGACCUGGUGACCGAGAGCGUCUGGCGCGGUGUUGCCCGCCGACUGGGUCAGUGGCAUGCCGUUCUCCCGAUCAGCGCAGCCAGUCCAGAGCCCACACAGGAGAAAGGGGCUUCUCUCUUAGACUCUGUAGAAGUGUCCGCGGAUGGCCAGCCAGUGAAGACGGACGGCCUGAAUGUCAUUCAGCCUCGACGACCGGGACCGAACCUGUGGACCGUGCUCCAGAGAUGGAUUCUUGCUCUCCCUGCAAGCACUGAAGCACAGCGUGAGAGACAGCGGGGUCUGCAGACGGAGCUCGAGCGCGUUGUUCGCGAGUUCGAUACCGGCAAUGGACUUGGGGAAGACGGGUUGGUAUUUGCCCAUUGCGACCUGUUAUCAGGGAAUGUUAUCAUCCUCCCAUCGGAGGAAAGCUCAAACGAUGGAGUGGAAACCGUCAACUUCAUCGACUACGAAUAUGCCACGCCAUCACCAGCAGCAUUUGACAUUGCCAACCAUUUCGCCGAGUGGGGUGGUUUCAACUGCGACUACGGCAUGAUGCCGACGCGGUCGGUCCGACGACAGUUCCUGACGGAGUACGUACGCAGUUAUGCACAGCACCAGGGCAUUCCGGAAUCGUCCCAACCAGAAAUCGUGGACCAGCUGUGCGAGGAGGUAGACCGCUUCCGAGGGCUGCCUGGGCUGUACUGGGGCAUCUGGGCGUUGAUCCAAGCGCAAAUCUCACAGAUCGAUUUCGAUUACGCAUCGUACGCAGAGACGCGACUUGGCGAGUACUACGCAUGGCGAGCGGAGACGGAAGGCACAGGAAGCAGGGAAAAGACCCUGCGUGAACUCCGAUGGGCGGAGGCGUAG